AUGUCCCCCGAGUACGCCAUGGACGGGACCUUCUCGGUUAAGUCCGACGUCUUCAGCUUCGGGGUCCUCAUUCUCGAGAUCAUCAGCGGCAGGAAAAACAAGGGCAUCGUAUACUCGGAUCCCAAUCUCAACCUUUUGGGCUAUGUAAGUAUAGAUCAUGCGAAUGACCGAGCUAGAGAGACAGUGAGAGACAAAGGAAAUCUAUCCAACAGGCAUGGAGGAGCUUGACGAUAAAUUUUGAUCCCACCAUGGGUGAGUGUUCUUCACAGGCAUGGAGUCUGUGGGAGGAAGGCAAAGGGCUGGAGCUGGUGGACUCCUCGCUGGGGUACCCCAUUUCCAUGGCGGAGGUUCUCAGGUGCAUAGAGAUCGCCCUCCUCUGCGUGCAGGACCGGCCAGAGGACCGGCCGGAGAUGGCGGCGGUGGUCCUCAUGCUCGGCGGUGACAGGGCGCCGUCACCGCACCCCAAGCAACCAGAGUUCGUAUCGGCGAGGGAGCGCUCCGAGGACUCCUCGUCGAGCAAGGGGCCCACCUGCACCGUCAACGACGUCACCCUCUCCGCCGUGCACGGCCGCUGA